AGUAGCUUUUAGACUUUUAGUGUUACCUUCAGCGACAACAGGCCCUGAUAACCGAAUGUUUGUACGAUUUCGAAUUUCUUGGUCUAAAAUUGAUCAUUCUGCAUACGUUAUAGCAAACUCGGCUAUUAUUCAAAGGAUUACAGAGAAUAUACGACAUGAACUAGUUAAUUUUUGCCAAGAAAUGCUUAAAAUAAAACAAGUAAGAGAUGAUUAUCGUGAGAUGCUGGAAUUAUCAGUUAUAUUUCUUGGUGAAGAACCCACCAGAGGAAUAAAAUUUAUGACUCCAGGUGCUACUAGUCAUUCACGUUGGAUGUCAAAAGUAAUUUACUGUUUAAAAAUAUUUAUGUUUAGUGAACAAUUUCAUCUAAGUACCAAAGAAAAAAGGGGCCUCGAGGAAAUAUGUGUUUUCAUUGUAACCGUCCAUUUAAAAAAUUGGUUCACUGCAACUUUGGCGGCAUGUGCUCCAAAUAAUGACUUGCAACUGAUAAAGACCUUAAUAAAAUAUGAUAAUCCACAUAUUUCAAAAGCCACUGUAAAAAAAAUGAUGGGUCAUUUAUGGUAUUUGUCAGAUGAGUUAGUUGGUCUUUGUCUGUUCGACAAAAAUGUCCCUGUUGAAACCAAAUGUAAGAUAAUUUACGCCAUAAAUAAUAACCCCUCUCCAGAAGUUCCCAAUGUAAGACCGAAAAUUGACCAACACGAUGUAGAAAAUUUACAGCUUCAUGAUUUAGCUAACAAAAAUACAAUACAAAUUUUCACAGAAUUUGGUGUCGAUGAAUUUUUGAAAAAUGACGUGGUAAACUGGACCGAGUCUAAAAGCUACUUAAAAGCAGAGGAAGUUUUUAAGAAUCUUCGAGUUACCAAUGACGUGGCAGAAAGAGGAGUUUCAUUGAUUCAAGACCUUAAUCGCAAAAUUACUCAUGAUGAGGAUCAACUUCAGUUUCUCUUACAAGUAGUUUCUGAGCAUCGGAAGAUUUACCCUGAUUGCAGCAAACAAACUUUAAAAAAAAGCAAUUCAACUUUUCUAUAAUUUUUUAAUUCUUUAGUAAGUAAAAUUAGAAAUGUUAAAAAUGAUUUAUAUAAUAUAGCUUGACUUAUUGAUAAAAAAAUAUAAGAACGUAUACAUAAAAUAGUUUUCAUUAUUAUUUUAUUUUUUUUUUAAGUUAAAAAUUUUCAAAUAGCUUGGGAUGGCUCAAAAAUUAAUUUUUAGUGUUUUUUUUUCUUGAGAAUUGUAUAUAAAACCAGGUAGAACAAUUUUCAAGUGUAGGAGUAUAACUUAAAAAAAAAAUUUUUUUUUUGUCACUUUUAGACCACCCUAAUAUAUAUAUAUAUAUACAUUACAACGUAUUCAAGAUGGUCCUAUAUAGAGUGUUUACAGUAGUAAAUAAGGAAACGGAUUUCUAUUGUUCUCAUUGUUUGAAACAAUUGCAUGUUUUCUUAAUUACUGAACAUUUUGUUGGUUAACAAAAAUUAUAGUUGACUAGUAGCCCGUUUAUUUGAUUGUACAUAUUUCAGUUGUGUAUACAGAGUAAUCAAAAUCAUGUAAGACACUCAUUUUCUCAGAAAAUAUUGAGAAUUUUAAAUUUUAUUAUAGAGAAAAAAUAUCAAGUUCAAAAAACUCUACAUUAAUAUGUAGUUAAAUCAUAAUUUUUUUUUGUUCCAUCAAGGAUAAAAACCCUUAUUUAUAAUUUUCUUAAAUGGGAACCCUUAUUUUUAACUGUGUAAUAUGAUAGAAAAAAAACUACAAACAAUUUUAAUGCUAGACUCUAGACAUCCAACCAGCCAAGAUUCCCAGCCUAGUAUCAUUAAUGGGUGAUUUCUUAAUUUAAAAAUUCAUGCCACUGUUAUAAUAUCAUAUAUACUUAUUGUGCUAUGUUGUACAGAUUGUGUAUUUCAAAUUGUAAAUAAAAUAACAAACAAUUUUAUUCUUAUAAUUUUUACUUACUGUAUUAAAUACAGAAGUUAUUAUUUUUAUUUGCUAUUACAUAAACUAAAUUUAAUUGAUCAAGUUAUGACAGGUAAAUUAGCUAUAAAAAUUUACUACACACUAAAUGAGUGAUAACAAUAAUAGAUUCAAACCGGGUUUUCGGUGUAGUAUUAAUAGCUAAGUCUAUGAUUUUGUAAGACUAAAGGAUCUAACAAAAAUACCGGUUGCACUGCUACCGAUAUUAUGAAACGUAAUAAAUGAUAAUACUUUUUCUGAUAGUCAAAAUCUUUAAAAAAUUAUAAAACGUAAACGGCUGUUCUGUGAAAGAAAUUAUAAGAACAAAUUGUUUUUAAUUUUUUUUUCUAUCAAAUAUUAUCAAAUCAAAAAUAGUGGUUCCCAUUAAAAAAAAUUAUAAAUAAACAUUUUUAUCCCUGAAGGGAUAAAAAAAAAUUCAUUUAACUUCAUAUUAUUGUAGAGUUUUAUAAACUUAAUAAUAUUUCUUUUUACAAAAAUUUUAAACUCUCAAUAGUACCUGAGAAAAUAACUGUCUUAUCAGAUUUCGAUCACUUUGUAAAUUGAUACAACUUAGGUACACGGUGUGUAAUCAAACAAAAAAACGGUAGCACAGUGGUGUCAGGGGCACAGUAUGGACGUGGCGUAG